AAGAUGCGACAGGAAGUGUUCGUGUGUUGUGUUCAGAGUAGUGAGGCUGUGUCGGAGCCGUGUGACACUGUCCGCCCCCCGCACGAGCUAACAUCAAACCCGAAGACCUCGUUGAUCCCCAGCAGGACUGAAGACCAGGACGCUGUGACCACCCUGUAGAAGCUCAGCAGCAGGUAUGGGAGCUGUUCCCAGCAGGUUUCAUGGUUACACCGGGGGGGCGGGGUCACAGCACAGUGGGAUUGAGCAAGACAAUGACAACCGGCCUAUAAUUGAGAAGGAUGACAGCAGGAGAUACAGCUCUGUAGACACAGUGCACUGUCCCACCUGCCUGGGUACUGGACGUAUACCCAGAGGUCAGGAGAGCAAGCUGGUGGCUGUCAUCCCCUGUAAUGACCAGAGGCUGAGCCCCAGACACACGAAGCUGUACGUUGCUGUGUCUGUCGGUGUGUGCCUCCUGGUCAGCUCCCUGGUGCUGUUCUUCCUGUUUCCUCGCUCUGUCCUCAUUUCUCCAGUCGCUGUCAAGUCAUCCUUUGUUUACUUCACCGAAGCCGAUGUCCAAAUUAACAUCACGAAUGUCCUGAACAUCACUAACAACAACUUUGCAGCGGUGCAGGCCUACAAUCUGACAGUGCAGGCCCUGAACUUUGACAUGGUAGUGGGAACAGUUUCCAUUAAGAACGUCACCUCUGUCAAACCUCGAUCCAUCAUAAUGUACUCCUUUGUGAUCCCCAUCAAGCUGACGGACCCUGAUUUGAGUGACUACUGUAGGAAAGAGUUCUUGCCUGUCAACAUUCUGUAUCUGCACCUACAGAUGUCUAUGACAGUGUACUACCUGGCCCAUUAUGAGCAGCUCUCCCUGGAGACAUACGAGUACAUCGACUGUGGAGCAAACAGCACCGUCUCACACAGUUUGCAGCCCACAGCGCCCUGAUGGACGGCUGGUGGAUGAAUGGACACGUAGAGGAACAGACAGGACAGAAACUGGUGGGAAUAGGGCCUGCAAUGCUUUUUUUUCUUCUGUGAACUGUUUCACUAAAAUGUUGGAUAAUUAUCAUGUGAUACCAGGAUGCCAAUAACACUCAUCCUGGAUGGAUGAAGAGACCUGGAAAGGGAAGAUGAAUCUGAAUGAAGAAUGGACUCUUUAUACCUAAUCCUCAGGCAGGCAGGCUGGCUACAGGUGCAGCGCUCUCAUCCUCUCUACUGACAGUUCUACAGAUCGAACUGUACAGUGGAGGAAACCCAGAAUAAAAUACACGAUGGACACAGUGACAGUAUGAAACGCCACCUGAGGACCUGAAUUACAUAGAACUAUGUUGUUAUUUUUAUUUUAAAGCUGAUAAAGUAAGGUACAGUAGGUGUGUUGUAUUACAAAUAAGUCAAUAAGUGAGUGACUAUUGCCCCAUAGUUUUGGCAGUAUGGUGCAGCUGUGUUAUUUAAAUCCACCUUCACAGAGCAGCAGGAGGUGGUCUCCACUCGCCAAUAAAAAGCUUAAAGCUGCACUAAUCAAUAUGUUUGUAUUAACAAUGGAUGCUAUUACUGUGUGCAAUGUAAAGGUGUUAAUAACAGCUAAAGACAUAUUAUCCUCAGGCGUUGGUAGAGACCGGCAACUAUGUGCUUUACACUUUGACCAUAUCAACUUUAUAGGUUGAUAUAAUGUCAGAUGUUGUGUUCAGUUUGUUCUGCUGCCCCAAAGUGUAAACAAAUAUUUAAUAUAUUAUAAAAUAAUUUGCUAAAAUUACCCUUCAGAAUCUGUUUGUUUUUUUUGUAGCAUAACACAUAUUUACAGCACAGUUUGUUUUUACUCCUUUUUUUUGUCAUGUCUCAUUUAUUCGGGAAUGUGGUCCUCAGAAACAAUCAGAAGUGGGCCUUAAGUUACAACAGCUUAAAUGUGCUUAAGCUAUUAAGCAAUAAACUAAAUUUACUGUCCGGUUGGUC